AUGGCGUCUUCUCAGGACGCUUGGUAUCUCUCGUUGUUGGGCCUGGCCGAGAAUUUCCGCACGUCGAACCCGCCCAACAUUAAAUCGUGCAUCCAAUGUCUGCAGGCGGUUUUCAACUUUAAGCCACCGCCGCGCGUCGAGGCACGCACUCACCUUCAGCUCGGCAAUAUCCUGCUUACGCACACGAAAAACAUCGAUUUGGCGCGAUCCCAUUUAGAACAAGCGUGGCGAUUAAGUCAAAAUAUAAAUACUUUCGAUGAUGUGAAGUUCGAAGCUGCUAGUAUAGUCGCGGAAUUAUAUGAGCAACAACAAUUGCCAAAUCUGAGCAAACCCAUAUUGAGGAAGGCGAUAGAGCUGUCCCAGCAUAAUGUCUACUGGCAUUGUAGACUUAUUUUCCAGCUCGCACAAAUUCAUGCUUCGGAGAAAGACUUUGUUGCGGCGAGCAGUCUGCUCGCAGUGGGUGUUGAUUAUUCCCACAUAAGCAAUGCCAGUUACACCAGAGUCCUCUUCCUUCUAAGUCGGUGUAUGCUUUUGCUGAUAGAUAAAAAGUUUUCAGAAGUUCAUCCUCUUUUGAACUCAGCAGGUCAUCAUGUAGAGAACUGGCAAGGCAGUCCGCACCAAAAAGAAUAUCUGAAAGUAUACUUUUUAGUUCUUCAAGUUUGUCAUUAUCUCAUGGCUGGUCAGGUAAAAAGUGUAAAACCUUGUCUGAAACAAUUACAACAGAGUAUACAGACCAUAAUGUCUCCUAGUUGGCCAUCAGAUGAUGUGGUUACAGGCACAAACAUAGGAGAUAUGUUUAUAUGGAUGCCGAAAGAUCAUCUAUAUGUGUUGGUUUACUUGGUGACUGUCAUGCAUUCUAUGCAAGCUGGAUACAUGGACAAAGCGCAGAAAUACACAGAUAAAGCUCUCACCCAAAUUGAAAAGUUGAAAGUUGCUGAUAACAAGCCUAUACUCUCAGUGUUUCAAUUAAUGCUCUUGGAACAUAUAGUUAUGUGUCGGCUUGUAAUGGGAAACAAAAGUGUGGCUCUUGCAGAAAUUUCUCAGGCUUGUCAACUCUGCAGGCGACAGCCGAGGUUACUUCAAGGUCAUAGACCUCAACUACACGCGUUACUAGGUUUAUACGCAAUGUCAAUGAACUGUAUGGAAGCUGCUGAGGCUCAAUUUACUGCUGCGCUCAGAACAUCACACGAAAGGGAUCUCUGGACAUUCGCGAACUUGAAUUUAGCGAUCGUAUACCUCAGGACGAAAAGAGAGGCUGAAUUGGGGGCGUUAUUAGAAAGGAUAAAUCCAGAAUCUCUACCGUCGAAUUCUCAUUCUUUAAGGGCAGCUGCAUAUUAUGUACAAGGACUUCAAGCUUUCUUUGGUGCUAGAUAUAACGAAGCGAAACGGUAUCUUAGGGAAACUUUGAAAAUGGCAAAUUCGGAAGACUUAAAUAGACUUACUUCGUGCAGCCUCGUGCUUCUUGGACAUAUAUUUCUUUCGUUGGGAAAUAGUAGGGAAUCGAUGAAUAUGGUUACACCUGCGAUGCAGUUAGCUUCUAAAAUACCUGAUGUGCAUGUGCAAUUAUGGGCUACAGCCAUUCUCAAAGAUUUAUAUGGACUCGUCGGUGACACUAAUCACGAAAAUGAAGCAUAUCAAAUGCAUUGUACAUUCUCCCAAACUCUCUUGAAGGACCACUUUCAGAGCACCCAAAUGAGCGCGCACUCGCUUAUUCAAUGGACAGAAGGUCCAGUGCCUGCUUUGCCGAGUAAUCCACCACCAUCUACGUCGCAAGCAAUACUCUAAUGAGAGUGAAAUGAACGAGAUUCUAAUGAGAAAUGAAAUCAGUUUAAAUUGUUCGACGAAUGUUUGCCGAAGCCAUACACGUUUGUACUACUUAUUCAUUGUUAAAGUGGAAUUGGAUUCAAAUGUCAACUGGAUAUUAAACAAAUGUUAAUCGAUAGUAUGCUGAAAAAUACUGAAUUAAUCAAUAUUGGAUAUAUAAUAUCCAGGUUUGUUCAAUAUGUAACAAUUUCACAAGGAUUCAUUGCAACUGAUUGUAGCUUUUUAAUUACAGAACUUCGUUUUGAUAAUGAUUUACAAGUUGGAUUACACUGCACAGUACAGGAACUGACUAUACAUUUAAAUCGCUCUAAUAUGUUUUGUUGAUUUCAGUUGAUGUAUUUUAAUGUAAAUUAAAUUAUUCAUGCAUUAUUUUGUUUUUCUUUUUUUUUAAGCAUUCUUUAUAAGGACUCAUGUCUAAACAUAUGAGUCGAUUAUACAACAUUAGAAUGUAAAUCAGAUGAGUCUAUUUAUAUUAUCAAUAUAAAAUAAUAUACUUUCGUAUUAUAACGAAUAUAUUUUAACAUAUAAUAAGUUUUUAAAUUGUGCAUCAGCCUCUUGCUAUUCAUGUUACUUUAAAUUUACAAUGUCGCGUUACUGGGAUACGCGCAAAAUCUUGGAGGAAGGAAUAUAAAUGACUUACUUUCGUCGCGAAUAAAGAAGAAAGGAAGUGGAGAGGGGAUAUUUUUAAAUUAAAGCUUGUAUAUAUUGUAUCAUGACGAUUACGAUAAAACUGGACUAAUCAAUUCUCAAACAAGUUUGAUAAAUUACCUGAUUAUCAAGAGGAUUUGACUGUUUUUUUUUUUUUACCAAGUGCUUUUUUUAAUGACCAAAGUGAAAUACUAAUAAUUUGGCUGUGGACAUAACAAAAGAGUGGAAUAUGUUCAUUAAACAGUGUAGUAGGAGAUGAUAAAAUAGGUAUAGAAAUUUGCGGGUCGCUUAAAACAAAUUUUUUACCUAUUGUACAUCUAAGAUGAGUGUUUUUCAGUAUGUGUAUUUUGAUUAAAAACAAAAAUGAUAUAUAUGUAUUGUAUAAGCAUAAUAAAAAUGUAAUUGUUAUUAGUAUUAAUUAUAAUAAGUAAGAAGAAAGGGGCCUUAGAACGUGGUAACUUAAAUUGGCUAGAGAAUUUCGCGCGGAACUCUUUGCUACGUUUAAGUUACUCUGAAUAUAUUUUGUACAUACUUGUAGAAGUAAGAAAAGAACGAUGAGAAAAAUAGAGAAUGCAAUACGAGCAUAACUUUGUACAAAUAUUCGACCCCUUUCUUUCGUGUAAUUAUAAAUAAGUACAUGACACAGUGCAAAUCUU